CACUUUCUCUUGCCUGCUACCAUGUCUCUGGUCCAAGGCUAUUCCUCCGGAGAGGACGACGACAUCGACAUCUCAAAAGAUGUCUUUAGUCUUUCUUCGAUACCUUCCGCGAAAAAAAUGCGGACAAGCGAGCCCCCUCGGACGUCACUUGUGACCCAGGCCGCACCUCACGUCUUGUCAGAAGAUCCACUACACCAGACGUCACUUAUCACGCGACCAACAGACACGCAAAUGAAUGUAAAUAUUCCGUUCAACGACAUGACUUUACCGAUUCAAGGUCCGGACAAUCCGUUUGGCGAUAGGAACCGAUUCAUCAACCAAAAUGCUCUCGCGGGACAUGUUGAGGAACAGUCAAUGACGGAACAUGCUUUUCGCUCUCAGCAUCUAACACACUCAAUUCUGGGCUAUUCUGCCAACCCUUCUAUAGAUCCCAACGCUCCCGCGCUCCUAGGUUCAAUAGACAAAGCUCAAGCUAAUGGUUUUGCAACCAUUGAUUCCCUACGGACAUCCAAGAGCCAAAGGAAUGAAUUGAAGCGGAAGCGAAAGCAGAAGGGUGAUUUGGAGAUCGUGGAGGGUGAUGGGGCAUACGUUGGGCCUUGGGCCGAUUGGGAAGGCGAGGAACCGGAGAGUACAUUCCUUGCUGGUGUUGAGGCUCCGGAGGAUGGUAAAGGAGAGCCGGAAGAGGGGGAGGAGGAGGAGAAGGAGGAGGAGGAAGAGCCGACCAAAAUUAAGAAGGUCAAGAACAAGCGGGGCGGUCAUGGUCAAGAGUAUUCCGUUUUCCACGGCAAGUCUAUGACGGACUACCAAGGCCGCACAUACAUGUCGCCACCUCUUGCAGACGCGCCUCAACUCACAGCUGAGGCAGGCUCUCAGGAUUGCUUCAUUCCCAAGGUAUGUGUGCACACAUUUACCGGCCACAAUCAAGGCGUUUCAGUGCUCCGUCUUUUCCCUCAAACUGGCCAUAUGUUCUUGAGCGGAUCCAUGGAUACAAAAAUCAAACUUUGGGAUCUCUACACAACACAAAAUUGUUUACGGACAUUUCAUGGCCAUACAAAGCACGUCAAGGACGUUUCGUUCUCAAAUGACGGUCGACGCUUUCUAUCUUGUAGUUAUGACCGCCAGAUGAAGUUGUGGGAUACGGAGACCGGACAGUGCAUAAAGCGCUUCAGCAACGGCAAAAUACCCUAUGUCGUCAAGUUUCACCCGGAUGAAGACAAGCAGAACAUAUUCCUCGCAGGCAUGUCGGACAAAAAAAUCAUCCAGUAUGAUAUCAACUCCGGGGAGAUUACCCAGGAGUACGAUCAACAUCUGGGCCCAGUGAAUACAAUCACUUUUGUUGAUGAGAACCGGAGGUUCGUGACGACCUCGGACGACAAGACUAUCAGGGCCUGGGACUUUGAUAUACCAGUGGUGAUUAAGUACAUUGCUGAACCGCAUAUGCAUUCCAUGCCCGCCGUUACACUUCAUCCUUCAAAUAAAUAUUUCGCCGCACAAUCUCUCGACAACCAGAUUCUCAUCUACAGCACCGAUAACUUCCGGCAAAACCGCAAAAAACGUUUCGCGGGACAUUCUGUUGCAGGUUACGCGUGUCAAGUGGGUUUCUCUCCUGAUGGAAAGUGGAUAAGCAGUGGGGAUGGUGAAGGAAAUGUUGUGUUCUGGGAUUGGAAGACCGGUCGUAUCAAGUCAAGAUUGAAAGCCCACAACAAAGUGGUCAUUACCCAUGAAUGGCUUCCUCAUGAGACCUCGAAGGUUUUGACGGGUUCUUGGGACGGCAACAUCAAGCUCUGGGAUUGAACCCUGUCGAUAUUGAUCUAUUACUGUGUAAUGCGUGACGAUAUAUUUUUACAGAAAUCAGGGUCGCUUGUAUUGUGUAUUGAAUUUUGUGGUUGCAGAGGAGGGCUACUACAGCCUAAGAGUGCCUUCUAGCACAUGAUUUUCCAAACUUCGGCUCAACUGCACCUGAAGUGUGUCUAUAUGCAGCACCUAGAAUGGUGCAUUGCAUUAUAUGUUGAGUAAUAGAAAAGACCCAGUGAAAAGACAAAUCCUUGAAUGAUAGCGGUAUUCCGGACCGCAGUCAAUGAAGCUGAACAUCGAGGCCCAGUGAAAAGCUUGUGAAUACCAACUCGGUACAAUUGGGGCAGGAUUUGGUAGGAGGCCUGGGGACGAAGAAGCAGAACCAUGGUUGGGCGUCGAGGACCCCAACCCGACUCCAGGGAUGUCCUCCGACAUGU